AUGGAAGGUGGUGGAAGAGGCUUGGCCACAGACUCUCUUCUCCCCUGGACAACUUAUUCCCACAGGAGAUGGUGUAAGACUGAUGGGGUAGCAAAACAGUGCCAGUCUCUUCCGCUCAUUUUGCACUUGGGUUUCUUAACUUGUAGGAGGGAAUGCAAGUUUGUUCACAACUUCCACUCAGACCACAAUCUCUGUGUUCUAAAGCAAUAUGGACUUGAGCAUUUAAACAGUGGUGAACUUCGCCAGCUUCUGCUUCAAAAUGACCCUUCCCUCUUACCGGAGGUCUGCUUGCAUUAUAACAAAGGUGAUGGACCUUACGGAUCUUGUACCUAUAGAAAGACCUGCACCAAAUUGCAUGUUUGCCAGUACUUUUUGCGGGGACAGUGCAAAUUUGGCAGCAGCUGCAAGCGAUCCCAUGACUUUAAUAAGUCAGAAUGUUACGAAAAACUGGAGAGACAAGGAAUGAGCUCAAACAUUAUUGAGAAACUACCUUCCAUUUAUAGGAAUAUGUAUGACAUAGAAGAUGCCAAGUCUUCACCAUGCAAAGAGAGAAAACGCAGCUCUAGCCAAGAGUCCUCAACUACGAAUGAUGAUGAAUUGGAACAGAUCUGUUUAUAUCAUCUGUACAGAAGUUGUGGUUUUAAAGACAAGUGUAUCAGAACUCAUUUUCACUUGCCAUAUAGAUGGCAAAUCUCUGAUGGCAGUACCUGGAAGGACUUGAAGAAUAUGGAAGAAAUAGAAAAAGCAUAUUGUGACCCCAAGAAUGCCAGAUUUAAUAAUGGUGUUACUGAAAGUGGCUCCAUCUUGCCAAGUAUAUGUUUUCUGAAUAUGUGCUGUGGGUUUGCAAAGGUUAGACGUCUUUCUACAGUCUCUUCUGUGACCAAACCUCCUCAUUUCAUUCUUACAACAGAAUGGAUCUGGUACUGGAAAGAUGAAUAUGGCCUGUGGCAGGAGUACGGAAAAAAAGAUGAUGUUCAUGCAGCUGCCUCUGUCUCCAGUGAUGACCUGGAGAAAGCUUAUAUAGCCAGAGGUUCUCCAAAGCUGAAUUUCAAAGCUGGAAGACAUGAGUAUGAACUCAGUUUUGGAGCUAUGAUUCAGAAAAACCUUCGCUACAAGACAGAGAGACAGAUUUGCAGAAGACCUAAAUUUGUCUCUCAGACAGAGGUAGAAAAGACAAAAGCAAGGAGCUUUAAACAUACAGAAGAGUUUAGGAGCAUUCCAUCUCACUGGGACAAAUCUGCCCUGCCUGAACUGGGAUUCAAGCUCAUUGAGCUUGACAGUUCUUCUGAAGAAUACAAGAAAGUCAAGGUGGACUUUCAACGCACAAUGCCCAAAACGGUUAUUAAAAGGAUUUGUAGAGUUCAGAACCCAUCUCUCUGGGAACUGUAUCAAUGGCAGAAGGAACACAUGCAGAAGAGCAAUGGUGGAAAGGCUGCGGAUGAGCGAUUUUUGUUUCAUGGGACCAGCAAAAAAUACAUUGAAGCCAUCUGCCAGCAAAACUUUGACUGGAGGAUCUGUGGACUUCAUGGGACAGCCUACGGCAAAGGAAGCUAUUUUGCAAGGGAUGCAUCUUAUUCUGACAACUACUGCAGGGAAGACUCAUACAUCAAGUCCAUGUUUCUGGCACGGGUGCUGGUGGGGGAGUUCACUCUUGGUAGUUCUUCUUACGUUCGGCCUCCCUUGAAGGACAACCAAAACUUCUACGACAGUUGUGUGAAUAGCUCUUCAAACCCUUCUAUCUUUGUCAUCUUUGAGAAGCACCAGAUUUAUCCAGAGUACGUCAUAGAAUACGUUGACCAGGCACUGGCAAAAAUGCUAUAGCAGCAAAACCUGUCAUCAUUAUGUUUAGCUGGUAUAAACAUUUUUUUAGUAUUGGCUUAAGAGAGAAAAAGUGAUUUUUAGAAGUUGUGUAAUUGGGUAGGUUCAGAAUGUUCAGAAACAUUUCUUCUCUAUCCUUUCUGUGCAAUAGGAAACGAGGGGUAAAAAGCUUAUGAUACCUGCUAUUCUUUAGCAGGUAUUGUGUUUCCCUGCAUGACUAGAGACUUUUAUAAAUGUAUUAGGUGAAUUCACUGAUGGGCAUAACGUAAGGAUUGGCUAUGACUGCCAAGUUUAAACAAUAUUUAGUUAUAAUUGUUUCAGGGUAGAUCUUUACAUGUGCUCAUUGGUCAGAGGCUGUCUCCUUCAACCUGUUUGUAUCUUAACUCAAAAUUUGAUAAAACCUGCUUUUUUAAAUAAUCUCUCUCCUGUCACAGUAGACAUUCAAGUGUUUGUUAAUGAGACUGUGCAAUCUUUGUCUCUGUGCUCAACUCAUUGCAUAUAUUCUGAGCAGCACUGGUGUUUGUCCCUACUUAAUUUUCACCAACAAAGCCUCAAAAAUUAAGCUUGCUUGUUGAAAAGGAGCAGGGACUUAUUUUCACUUGUUCAUUUUCUCAUUUAUACAAGUACCACAGACAUGAAGGGAUAGCAAGGGUUGCUUGGUGCUUGUGAUACUCAGUUGACUGACUUACUCCAGCAAAUAAAUGCUGUAUUUUA